CGAGGGCUCUGGCACUCCUUUGAAUUUUCUUCCACAACACAACCUCUUCAAGAUCAACCCUGAUCAACCCAAUUCCUCCCUUCUAUGCUUAGGCACCCUCAGGCUUAGGUACAACUCCUCAUCCGACCUCUCCAUACCCUUAGGAUAUCAUCAGGUAUCUUCUUGAUGUAAGUCUUCCCUCCUGCUCGACGCCUCGUUGUCGCUCGCGUCACCCACAUCGCCACGGUUGCUUGAAGGCCUCGCGAACUCGCGCGACGCUUCACGAAUCCAUCCACAAGACUUCAUCCACCAUCAUCCCAUCCUCAAUUCAUGGUCCCCAUUUAGUUCAUCGGUGUCAUCUGCUAAUGUGCGUCUUCUUAGCUCGCCAUCGAGUCCUUCCUUGCCCCAUCGUGCGAUAUCACCUUCGCGGCGUUGACCUCAGUCUUCAGCAACACCAAUUCUUUGAAAGUAAGUUCUCCGUCCACCCAUCCCGAUCCUAUAUCUUUCUAUCAUCGAGGACCUUCCACGGCCUACUCCCUCUGCCACCUUCGAUCUCGACUCAACCAAUCUAUGCCUGCUCUAUCUUCACUUUCAACCUUGGCAAUCAGUCUUCACUCCCAAUCAUCGCCUUCAAUCUGGCAAAGUUUUACUAACUAUCAUCUUCAAUCAGCUUUCAUUCCCAUACCAAUAUCAUCAUGUCAGCUGCCUGGGAGACCGGAGACCUGGCUCAAGCCCUCCCCGACGCCACUGAGACAGGCUCUCAACAUGACGAGUCUGCCCAACCAACCAAGACUCCCCAGGAGCACGGUUGGGUUAAGAAACAAGCCUAUGACUAUGCCCGGUACACUAUGACUAACAAGCAGAUUGCCGAAGGCAAGACAGAGGCUGAAAACGGCGAAGAAACUACUCCUGAACAAGGCUAUGAUGAAGACGGUGGCCGUCCAGACUGGGCUGGAAAUGCUGCCGUUUACGAGUGGAAUCCCGAGGAGUACGGAGAUGUUGGCCCUCGAUAUGAAGAGCUUGAGCGUAUGUUGUUUGGUUCUGAGCAUCACGUUAGAUCCGGCAUCGAAUUCCAGAAGUAAAUUUAUUUUCGCAGCCCGUCUUCUUCGUUGGCUGAUGACUUCAUAGGAUCACUGAGAUCAAUGUUGUUCAAGAAUCCGUCAUUCACAUUGAACCAAUCCGUUCUUUUGAGGAUGCCGGCUUGCAUCCUGUUAUGCUCGAAAACGUCAAGUUGGCUGGAUAUGUGGUUCCAACCCCCGUCCAAGCAUACACCUUCCCAGCUGUCUUCAAGGGAUAUGACCUUGUCGCAUGUGCUCAAACUGGUAUGUUCUCUACUUCAUUAUACCUCGAUGGUUGUUUAAUUAACGUCUACUUCUUUAAGGUUCUGGCAAGACUGCUGCUUUCCUGGUCCCCAUCUUGUCCAAAUUGAUGGGUAAGGCCAAGAAGUUAGCAGCUCCUCGACCAAACCCGACGACGCUUGUGGCUGGUGUUUCCAACCCUGUUAGAGCUGAGCCUCUGGUUCUCAUCGUUGCUCCAAGCCGUGAAUUGGCGACCCAAAUCUUUGAUGAAGCUCGUCGCUUCUGUUAUCGUACCAUGCUUCGCCCAUGUGUCAUUUACGGAGGUGGACCGAUUGCCGAGCAAGUGAAUCAAUUAUCCAAGGGCUGUGAUGUUCUUAUUGCUACCCCUGGUCGACUUUGCGACUUUAUCGAUCGUCCGCACAUUCUGACCCUGCAUCGUUUGCGAUACAUGGUCAUUGAUGAGGCUGAUGAGAUGUUGCACAAUGACUGGGAGACAGAAAUGCAAAAGAUCAUGACUGGCGGUAGUAAGUAGCAUCCCUUUUCCACUCACCUUCAGAUCAGCUGAAAUCCUUGUUUCACUCAUCAAUACAACGACGCUGGAAACAACGCUGACAUGCACACAGAUCAGGAGACUGGCAAUAUCAAGUACCUCUUGUUUUCUGCCACUUUCCCAAAGCAGGUGUUGAAGCUGGCUGAAGAGCAUCUCUCAACAGAUCACUGUAUCAUUCGUGUCGGCCGUGCUGGCAGUACUCUGGUGAACAUUGAACAGAAUGUCGUUUGGGUUGAUGCGCCUAAAAAGAAGCAGGCAUUAUUUGACCUCUUGAUGUCUAUCCCACCAUGCAGAACUAUCAUCUUCGUCAACAGCAAGCGUACUUGCGAGGAGAUCGAGUAAGCCACCAGUCGUUGAUGUAGGUGCAGUACUAAUAUGAUAUAGUGACUUCCUCUUCAACCGAGGUCUACCAGCUACCAGCAUGCAUUCAGAUCGCACUCAACGUGAGCGUGAGGACAGUAUUCGUGCUUUCCGUACAGGAAAGUGUCCUAUUUUGGUCGCCACAGGUGUCUCAGCCCGAGGCUUGGAUAUCCCUCUCGUCUCCCAUGUCAUCAACUUGGAUAUGCCAUCGAUGCAGUUCGGAGGUAUUGAGGAAUACACACAUCGAAUUGGUUAGUGCACCCCCUAUACUUUGCCCUCAUUAUUUAGCUUCUGCGGGGUAAUCGAACCUUGCUAUGGAAAGUGGGUUGAUUCGUCGUAUCGAGCAAUUACUAAAGUCCGGUAUAGGUCGUACUGGUCGUAUUGGAAACCCUGGUAUGGCGACAUCUUUCUAUAACGAGCGAGACGCGGAUAUUGCAGAAGUACUUGUGAAGACGCUUCUCGAAACACGACAAAUUGUUCCUGAUUUCUUGGAAGAGCACAUUCCUGAAGGCUAUGAUGGCGAUGUAACCAAACUCAAGUUUGAGGUUGAGCACGAGGAAGAGAAGGGAGAGAAUGCUGGCGCCACUGGCGGUGGAUGGGGAGGCGAAGAUGGUGCAAACGCUGGUGGAGAUGCUGGUGGCUGGGGUGCCGACAACUCGGCUAAUACUGGCGGAGACGCUGGUGGAUCCUCUUGGUAAAUCCUUUUCACCUUUGUGCAGAUUUCUCGUCUUUUUCUCUCGGGUCAUGGGGAAACAUGGCUAGCAACAGAUCUUGACAUAGAUAGCGCUAUGUUACGUGCCUUCAAAUGCAGUAACUCAAAGCUUAGAUUUCAUCAAACAUACAUUUGAUGGUGCUUUACUCAAUCCAUAAGGGGUUCGUCAAUGGAACUUUAAGCAGAUAGCAAAAAUAAAACAAAAGUUCAUUCUGAAAAUUA